AUGUUCGGGAACACUUGCUACUGCAAUUCCGUCAUACAAGCUUUGUACUUUUGUCGACCGUUUCGUGAAAAAAUUCUGCAGUAUAAGCAGCAGUUGAAGAAAUCAGGAAGCCAGAAAGAGAACUUAGCCACAUGCCUUGCUGAUUUGUUCCACAAUAUUGCUACGCAAAAACGUCGCGUAGGUACCAUUGCCCCGAAGCGAUUUAUCACUAAAUUGAAAAAGGAAAACGAGUUAUUUGACAAUUAUAUGCAACAAGAUGCUCACGAGUUUUUAAACUAUCUGCUGAACACGGUAUCUGAGACAUUGAUCGAGGAGAAGAAUGCGGAGCGUGAUCGUUUACUGAGGAAUGGAACCCUUCGUAAAGGAACGUUGAAUACCGACAGAGGGCGUGACGAAACCAGCGGACCUUCCACGAAAGUGGAUAAAACCUGGAUACAUGAAAUCUUUCAAGGCACACUCACGAAUGAAACACGCUGUUUAUGCUGCGAAACGGUGUCAAGUAAGGAUGAAGAUUUCCUCGACUUGUCAGUAGAUAUAGAUCAAAAUGCUUCCAUCACACACUGCUUGCGAGUCUUCAGCGAAACGGAAACGUUAUGUGGUGACCAGAAGUACUUUUGUGAAACAUGUUCAUCGAAACAGGAGGCCCAAAAACGAAUGCGUAUCAAGCGGUUACCGCAUAUGCUUGCUCUACACUUGAAAAGGUUCAAAUAUAUGGAUCAAUUGAGUCGCUACACGAAACUCUCUUAUCGGGUGCUGUUUCCACUUGAAUUACGCUUGUUCAAUGUGGUGAGUUUCUGCCAUUCCACUUGA